GGUAGAGUGCUUGCCUAGCAUUUACAAUGCCCUGGGAUGGAUCCCCAGUGCCACCCAUCAAAAAAAGAGGUUAAGGGGAGGAAGGUGAAGCUGACCAGAAAAGCCAGGGGAAUGCAAACCGGACUGGAAACAGAGUUCCAGGAGGAGCAAUCCAGACAGUAAUCUCACUAGGGCAGAACAGGUAAUUUGAGGAGGGAGCCACAGAACAAAGACUGGCUGGAAAUAAGGGGAGAUUGAGGUCUAGGGUGAGUAUGUACAUAGGGAUGAAGUAAGUGAACUCCAAAGAAGAUGGGGGAGAAACGAGGCAACAGGAAGUGGGAAGACUGAGGCAGGCCUGGGUGGCUUGUGGGGCGAUUUGAGGCUGAUGUCUACGUAAGGCCACUCCCUGGGUCCUGAGGACCUCAUGGUGAUCUUUGCCCCACCACACCUCAGCUCUGACAGACUAUGUGCCAGGAAAAUCUUGUCGUCUGCACUGAGCCACCAGCUGAGUUCCAAUCCUCUGGAGCGGCUGCCUCAGACUAGGAAGCACCACUCUGAGGGUCAAGGGAACCAUGGAUCCUACCGCUGAUCUGCCGAGGCAGGAGAGACCCGACCUUCGUCUGGAAAAGCUACAGCACUGGGCGAGACGGAGGCAAAGUGGACACCUAUUGGUGGUGGCGGUGAGCCAGUUAUGGCUGGCAGUAGCCAUGGUGCCCUUCACAGUCUCGGUGGCAUGCCUGAACUCUGCCUGUCACAUGGCCACGGCACUACCACUCUGGCCUGGAGCCUCGGGUCUCCUCACUGGGAUUAUCACCCUGGAGCUUCGAAGAGAGCCUUGCAUCUGGAAGGUGCGGGCCAUGAUGAUAUCCAACCUCUUCAACCUGAUCUUGGGCUUCAUCGUGGUGGUGAUGGAGCUGAUGAAGACAGCCUUGGGGCCUGCCUCUACUGCCCCCUCCCAGUUGACAGGGUUGCUGGUACUGGAGCUCAGCGCGGAGGCCUUCACCCUAGGAGGAGUGCUGGUCUCAACGUACGCCCUAUUCCUGCUGAGCCAGAGGAAGCCAGGAUGCUUCACGAAGUCAAGUCUGCACUACCAGGAGUUACAGGAGGGUUUCUCUGAGUUGGAGGAGGUUUCUGGUUUGGAGAAUGGUCCCGUGGUGGCUAGCACAGGAAACAGAACAGAUGAAGGAAGAUAAAGUCUGGACUAGUGACCUCCCUCACCUCACUCCUGGUCAAGCUGCUUCCUCCCUUGCAUUCUUCGCCUUCUCCCUCCCUGCCUCUCCAUCGAGCUUCACAUCUGCCUCAUCUCCCUGUUUGCGUCUGUUCACCUUGCACAAUCCCAUCCACUCCGAGCCCGGCGGGCUGCUGCAACCCGCCAGCCAGCCAACCCAGCCAGAAUCCGCGUCCGUCCGUUGUGCGCCAGGUCUCCCUUGGAUCCGGGUCCUGCCUAGUUUCCUGGAGACUACAAAUCCCAGGAUGCCCCGCUACCCCGUGACCUACUGGAAAAUAAAGAGCCUUCCCUCGGCGGCGGGGGCGCUGUG